AAAAAACACUGUGUGCCAGUCAGUGAGGCAACAAUUGCAAUAGAGACCCUGUGGGGGGGAAAUGCUGUUUUAUUUCUAGUUUCCUGACAAUUUCCGGAAUCUUCGGCAGUUUCUUCUUCGGAGUUUAGUGCAACGUUGUUUUUAAACAACGCACGCGAGCGUUAACAGAAGUGUUUGUACGUAUUUAGAAGAUUAACAGCUGUCUCUACUGCAGACACUGCCGCUGCCUUUAGUGAGCGUUGUGUCGGUUCUGCAGCUCAUAUCUGCAUGUUGUCACUGUUUGGAUAUUAUCUCAGAUAUAACUGUUACGAGCCCUCCGGCUCUUCGUUUCUUCGUUUCUGAUUCCUCGCUCGGCUUGUGAUGUCGUGGCAGUAGCUGCCUCUUUGUCUGUGUGCAGACUGUGCAGGGAAAACACGGAUGUUACUCGUCAAAACUCAGUGCAAGAACCCAGAGGAGGAUCAACACCGUGUACUAGUCUCCAUUGAGCCAGUGACAGCCAGCUGACACCUCCUCACAACUUCUUCCCCCAGGUGUUGGGACUGCUGUGCAACAUGGAGGAUGAGAUGUUUGAGCAGAUUCUGUCCGUGUUUCACAACCUGGUGGCCUGGGUGGCUGCUGGGGCCAUGGUGUUCGGGGGGCUGGUGCCCUACAUCCCGCAGUACAGAGACAUCCGCCGGACUCAGAAUGCAGAGGGCUUCUCGACAUACGUGUGCCUGGUCCUCCUGGUGGCAAACAUCCUACGGAUUCUCUUCAGAUUUGGCCGCUACUUCGAGACACUGCUGCUGUGGCAGAGCAUCAUCAUGAUCGCCACCAUGCUCAUCAUGCUGAACCUGUGCACCAAUGUCCGCACGGCCGCUGAACUCAACACCAAGAGACGCUCCUUCAUAGACUUUGACUGGAGCUACUUCUGGUUGUGGAGCCGCUUCGUGGAUUACAUGCAGUGCGUGCUGGCCUUCACGCUGAUGGCCGCCUACAUCACUUACCUCUUCCUGGACUCUGCGCUGUUCGUGGAGACCCUGGGCUUCCUGGCCGUCUUCACUGAAGCAAUGCUGGGAACACCGCAGCUCUACUGCAAUUAUCAGAACAAGUCCACAGAGGGCAUGAGUAUCAAGAUGGUGCUGAUGUGGACCAGCGGCGACACCUUUAAAACGGGCUACUUCGUGCUCACCCAGGCUCCUGUGCAGUUCUGGACGUGUGGCCUGCUGCAGGUCCUGGUGGACUUCACCAUCCUGUUCCAGGUUUACUACUACAGCCGCUACCCACAGAAACCAGUGUCCCACACCGUCUGCCACACCACCAGUGCCAAAGCCCUCUGAGAGCCUCUGUGAGCUCUCUGAGGACACUCGGUGAGGAAGCACUUCGAGAGGCGCUGCGGACAUGUAUAAACAUACAAGAGUACCAAAGCACCUUGAGAUGAUGCAGGCUGCUCCCUCUCACCCCCGAGUAAACAUAAAGACACUUACGCAACCAUAACAGGCUGGAACAUGCACAGACACUUGGUCGUGGUGGUGUUUUCAGCGAAUCCUGAAGGACACUUGUUACAGAGGUUUUAUUUAUUCUUCUCGAUGCGACAGUACGCUUGUCUUGGAAUGCAGAUGUCUCAAAGAAUAUAUCUUUGAAUCAACCUGUGCAUGUGGAGAAUAUUAUGCACACACAUGAAUAUAUACGGUAAAUGAAUAUAUGCACUGAUGUGUGCUCAAGGAAACCCGGACCAGCUUCUGACGUCCACACGAUUGUUGCAUGGACCCUCUGCCUUAAAACGCACAUUCAAACAUGGCUUGCUGCUUUACCAGCAAUAUAAAUGUAUGAAUCAAUCAACAAACACAAUCCGAAUAUACAACGUUACUGAAUGUACAAGAUGACAUUUGUUAUUUGCCACCACUUGUUGGACAGAUGGUGGCCCUGUGCUGCGAGACACAGAGGAGUGGAAGUGUAAGAAACAAUCAGACUUUACCAAAAGAAGAAGAAUCCCAAAGCUUGAAGACACAAUUCAUCGGCUUUUAGAAAUCAUAAACAUUAGUGGCCUUGAGGUUUAAGAGCUUCUGUCUGAGGCCAGAGUUCCCAGAAGGUGUUCAGGCUGCACGGCUUUAUCGAAAGGCCAAUGCCAAGAGUUUUGUACUGAAGCUGUUGAUGACGUUUUCUACAUCAUUUAGAUCAUUUUCAUUCCAUACAUUACAAUAAAAACCCAAAGCAUACAAAGUCAUUAUCACAAGGACGUGCUCUGUGCAAGGCGAAGUGGCGUCUCGUCACGUCUGUACACUUAAAGGUUCAGGGGCACGAGGGGAAGAGAAGGUUAGGAGUUCUGAGCUGCGUCACACACUCUGCGUACACGCGUGGAGCUUAAACCGGUUUGCAUUAAAUUAGAUUUUAGACAUGGCAAAUUAAAAAGUUAAGCAAGCUGUUCCCACGACGUCACGGUGUUAAAUCCAACUUGUAUCGCUGUCAGUCUGACGACAAUAAGACUCUGAGGACUCCUGGGGACCCGUGUAGCCAGCUGGACCUUUCUGUGCAGAGGUUCGGCUUACACUUCAAGCCGGUUUGAACUUUCUUACACUUUACACUCGUGUGCGUUCAUUGCUAGCUAGCUAAAUGCUGUUUUUCCCCGCUCAGCUGCUGCAGUCUGAAUAAAGUGAUGUAGAUGCUGCGUAACUCAUAUCUGUAGGAAUAAUAUUGUAGACACCAAGUGGAGACAGGUUUGUGUUUGUACUAAGUGCAGUGGUUCUUAUUGCCAACAGCAAUUACAGCCAAAUGAUUAUUAUUUUAAGUUCCCUUUUUGUACACUGAUGCUUCUGAAUAUGUCCAGCACAAUCAUCACUGUGUGUGUGUGUGUGUGUGUGUGUGUGUGUGUGUGUGUGUGUGUGUGUGUGUGUGUGUGUGUGUGUGUGUGUGUGUGUGUGUGUGUGUGUGUGUGUGUGUGUGUGUGUGUGUGUGUGUGGAUGAUAUUGCAACUCCAAUGUGAUAUCCUGCUCGCCGUGCGGAGCCGCUUUGGGCAGCUCGUCCUCAUCACCUUUUUGUCACAAGAAAUUAAUUUCCUGUUCGGAUGGAGAAGCAGCCGCACAACACGUCGAAGGUUUGUUGUUGUUGCUGUUUUGUAAUCUUUCUCUGGGGAGGUGAGAAACGCCAAACCAGGAGGCGUCAGGACUGUCAGCAGUGAACUGUGCCAGAGCAGACCUGAGUCUGUCCUCUGCUCAGCCUCCAGACAUGGAGGGACGUGACGGGAGCGUUCUAUGAAUAUUUCUUUCCUUGCUCUUCAAUAUUUCCCCCAAAAAACGGUCACUUCUUGGUUUCUUAGUUGUGGAUGUGCACUCUUUUGUUUAGACACCCGAUUACUUUAUCCUUUCUUUAAAAAUAUAAAUCUACGCCUGUUUAUUCAGACAGCUGUGACUGUUGACGAAUCAAAUGACUUCAGAGUUACUUUUUCUUCCUUUUUUUUUUUUUUUACUUUGUAUCGAUCAGUUCAUUCAUUUGAUCAUGUGAAAGUAGAAUCUGCCAUGUCGUGCUUUGUCUUAUCUGUGAAACACACACAUAGUUUGUCAAUGUACCAAAAAUAUCCCCAGUAUGUUUGUUUUUUUAUCACAUUUUUACUAAAGUUACAUUUUGGUUUGUGUUCAUGAUUUCUUUUAAACUGCCAAUUGUCCAUCUCAAAAGUAUCGUUCAUGACUAAAAUGGCGUUUCCACCCAAUAAAGAGACAUGGAGAGA